AUGGCCAGCACCAGAACAAAACUUCCAGGUUUCGGCCUGCCUCUCAACUAUCACGUUGCUAGAAAGCCGUUUCCUGUCAUACUCUCUGACUCUAACCCGGACAACACAAAUGUCUGGGGGGCUACAACUUUGACCAUUCGAGAGAUCUGCAUGCUCAAAGUCAUAGAGGAACUCACUAAUAAGCCUGAAUGGUGGCGCAAAGUGAACGACCCAGAUAUUGCGGCCAAAUGGGUGAAAGAGGCUAUGGCGAUGCCUUGGGCAGACUAUCGCCGAAACGGUGAUUUUACUCAGCUUAUGGCUAAUGCUUGUAUCGAUGAGCUACGCAAAAAGGCAGAAAUUUACGAAAAAACAGGCCUCAUUCCUGUCAUGGACUACGAUACCGCUGCUAUCAAGUCAGACAAACUAGUUCCCCAAGAACUUCGCGAAGCCCUCAAAGCUGCCGUCGCUCCUCUGGAGAACGUCCCUGAGGAUCUGAAAGACUGGCAUCCUGGUAGCGAUGGAAAAGUUCUCGACAUUGUGCAUCCGUCUCUUUGGCCUUUAGUCUAUGGACGCUCUCGCAUCCUCACAGAUAAGCGUAUUAGUGCUGAAGAAGCUCUGACAUAUAGCGGAGCCAGCACUGUCAUACCCGGAGACCCUCCAACCGACUUUGAGGGCGAAAAGACCCAAGAAGACUACGACUUCCAUAUGUUUCACGUCAGUGCCUUCUCCAAGCGCUUCCAGUGGCUCCCUUGCGACGUUGAUCUGGCCGGUGAGCAGCCUCGUAUUGACAGCUACAUCAACAAUGUACACCCCAUAAAACAAGCUGAGCUGUACCCCAUCAUCGAGAAGUUCAUCGGAUUAUCACUCCCUGCUUGGGACCUCAUCCUCAGAUGGCAUCAGGACUUUAAAAUUCAGCGAGUCUUCACUGACAAUGUCAGAUAUGUGUGUAGAGUUCCACACGUAUGUGAACCGCACAAAUAUUGCUGUGAGGAUAACCGCCCUGUGGAUGAAGACGAGCCUCCUCGUGAAGAGGAUGAGAACAUGUCUGAAUGGUACACUCAAUCCGGACGCGAAGAGCGGGAUGGGGAAUGGUUCAGGAAGUACCAUACCCCAAACCGUCCAGACCCCAAGACAGACUUGGAAGAACCUGUCAAGCUCAACUCCAGCGACGUGAAAACCACUGGGUUCUUCAACAAUGCUCCUCGUGCGCAGGUCAUCGUCAAGCUUGCCAACAUUCAUCUCACCCCAGAGAAGCCGUCCUACGGCGGCGGCUCUUGGCAUAUCGAGGGCCAGCUGAACGAGCACAUCUGCGCGACUGCACUCUAUUACUACGACUGCGAGAAUAUCACUGACUCUCAUCUCGAUUUCCGCACAGUUGCAGACCCACAACUACUCACGGAUGACCUGUCAUAUGACCAAGGCGACUUCAGCAGUAUCGAGGACGUCUUUGCAAUCGAAUCGUACGGUGACACCGUACAAGACAUCGGCAGUGUCCUCACGCGCCAGGAUAGGAUGCUCUUCUUCCCCAACGUGUACCAGCACCAUGUCAGCCCCUUCGAGCUCGUCGACAAGUCGCGACCGGGCCACCGCAAGAUUCUAGCUCUUUUCCUAGUUGACCCUCUGUUGCCCGUUAUCUCGACCGCCAAUGUGCCGCCUCAGCAGCGCCAUUGGUUUGCCGAGGAAGUGCUCCAGGACAACAACCGUUUGGGAAAGUUGCCGCCAGAGCUGGCGAAUAUGGUAGUUGACAAUCUGGACUUCCCCAUCAGUUUGGAGGAUGCUAAGAAGAUCCGGGAAGAGCUCAUGGAGGAAAGGUCGGCACAGCAGAAGGACACAGACAGCAACAUUAGAUCACAUGAAUGGAACUUCUGUGAGCAUUGA